GGUGCUUAGUUGUUGAUUGCAAAAAGUGCUCGGAAAUCACGAUGGGUAAACUUGAUGUAGCCGUUCUACGGUACCUCAGCAAGGAGGAUUUUCGCAUAUUGACUGCGAUCGAGAUGGGCAUGAAAAACCAUGAGCUUGUGCCAGGAGUGUUGGUAGCGGCUAUCGCAAGUAUAAAAGCAGGAGGUGUUCAUAAACUGCUACGUGAGUUGUGUAAGCACAAACUUUUGUCAUACGAGCGAGGAAAACGAUUUGACGGAUAUCGCCUAACAAAUAUGGGCUACGAUUAUUUGGCUCUCAAAUCUCUCACUCUACGAGAAGCCAUCACAGGAUUUGGAAAUCAAAUAGGCGUCGGCAAAGAAUCCAAUAUCUACACUGUAGUGGAUGUAGAGGGAACUGCUCUGUGCCUGAAACUGCACCGACUUGGACGUGUGUGUUUUCGUAAUGUACGGGAAAAGCGUGACUACCACGGCAAACGGCAUAGAAUGAGUUGGCUCUACUUGUCGCGUAUUUCAGCAACACGUGAGUUUGCCUACAUGAAAGCGUUGUACGACCGUGGCUUUCCUGUUCCUAAACCAAUCGACUUUAAUCGCCACUGCGUCAUCAUGGAGCUCGUUGAUGGCUAUCCAUUGACGAAUGUGUCUGAAGUGGGCAAUGUUGAAGGACUCUAUGAUGAUCUAAUGAAUCUAGUCGUACGACUUGGUAACUGCGGAGUAAUUCACGGAGAUUUUAAUGAGUUCAACAUUAUGAUCACUACAGAUCAGCGACCGGUGCUAAUUGACUUUCCCCAGAUGGUUUCAACCUCACACCCAAAUGCCGAGAUGUAUUUUGAUCGGGAUGUGCAAGGCGUGAGAGAAUUAUUUCGUAAAAAAUUUGGAUAUGAAAGCGAAGAUUUUCCUCGAUUUUGCGAUCUUGAACGAGACGAUGAACUCGAUCGAGAAGUGUUAUGUUCGGGAUAUGGAUUUACGCAGGAAAUGGAAAAUGACCUAUUACAAGAGUAUCAUGCAGAUGGUAAACCAGAUUAUGAUGAAAGCGACUUAUCGGAUGCUGAGGGAGAUAGUUUGUCGGAAACUUCAUUAGAAAAUUAUGAAGAGCAAGAAGAACAAUCGAAAAUUGAUGAAAAAGAGUUGGAAGAAUAUCGUCAUAAACUAGAGGAAGAAAUCAAAUAUUCUGAAGAAAAGGCAAAUCCAAAGGCCUCCAAGAAAAAUGCUCCUAAUGCCGCCAUUUUUAGCUAUCUUCAAUCUAUGUCUUUGCAAGAAGAAUUGGAAACUCCCGAUCACAAUGAACAAGAAGACAUUGAACCCUGCAAUCUUGCAGUAAUUCAACAACAGCAAAAACACGGAGAACAAUUUUCUGAACGGUUUGAUCAACUCGAUACAGAAGUUAACGUGGCUGAAGAAUCCGAUGAUCCUGAAAGCGAGCCAGAAGUUGAUAAGAACUCGCGUCAGUACCGUAUGGCUAUGGUGCGUAAGCUUCUGGACGAUGCACGAAGCGUUCGAUCAUAUUCCACAACAGCCAGCACAAUUGCCCCUUCGUUGAUCAGUUAUCGAAUUAAGGGAGACAUGCAACAACGCGAAAAGAAAGAGAUGAAGAAACGCCUCGUUCCAAAGGGUGAAGCGAGUGCAGUUAGGCGAAUGCGUAAGGAUAAUAAUGCAGUGGUUAAAGAGUAUCGUGGUUGGGAUUUUUAA